GCGAUUAUUAUCGACAACAGCAUUGAUGGCGAGGUUAUCCAACUUGCGACUCGCCCUCUAAAUGCUCAAUACGAAGAUAUAUCCAUAAUGUCCGCUCUGCGAAGAGCCAUUUUGUUGCCCAGGGUAUUGGGCCUACGAUCAGAAUUCGGAACAAGAGCCACAUGGCAAACUCAGGCAAAACGGUGCUAUGCGACAGAAGGAAAGCCACCUUCGGAUGUGGCAAAAUUCUACAAGACCUUCACGCGACCCGUGCUUAAGGUUCUCCUGAUGGCGACCCUGACCUACCAAGUCGUAUACUUGCUCUGGGUCAAGCUCGAGCAAGACGAGAUUCGAGCAGAACGGACCGAAACUAUUACCGACCUAGAGACAAAGGUUGCACGCCUGACUUCCGAGCCAAAUAAGUCCCAGAAUCACACAGAGGCAGGAAAGAGGCGAGAGUAGAUGGCAAGGACGAUAGACAAUAUGUACAACAACCAGCAUACCACAGCUAUGGACGAAUUCCUACGACUCGGAAAAGAAACCUCCUCAAAGCAUUAUGCGAUCUUCGACACAUCCUACCAUGGCAUAUAACGGUUCAUGUUAUGAAGCAACGAACCUGCUGACAAGAUGGAAGUUUCAACACGACGCAGCAAGGGCUGCGAUCUCGUCAUAUGCUCGCAGGAGCACACCGUGGUAGGGGUGGGAGAGCCCGAGGGUUGAGAAGACUCGCCAUUCUUUACACAGAAGCGCUUGCAAUGGGGGAGGAGGCCCAAUCUGUGCAGCGACCGAAUUACUGUCCUCUAUAGAUGUAUUACUAUCCCCAGUGACAACCAGUCAAACGGGAAAUUUUAUACUCUAACAUAUUAAGUAAUCCCAAUCCCAAUGAAUAAGGCUGACACCUUUUCGUGCUCAACACCAA